AUAUGGUCAACUCUUGUACCAAGGAAAAGAAAGUAGGACCAAAUGAUAAUUGUGCGACAAGAUGUUGAAGAAAAUUUUACUCAGUGGGAAAGCCAAAGGGAAGAAGCUACUUAAAUUCCCCGGUAUUCUCAUUUCAUUUCCCUGCAAAUCAACUUAAACCAAUUCUCUUGAUCCCCAAUUUCCAACUCAAAUUUCCUCAUGGAAUCGAAUAAAUCCGUCGAUUCUUCAACUGAACCCGCACCAUUAGAGGAAGUAUCAUUGAAUCGAGAGAAGGAUCUCGAAGGAGAACCAAAAUCUUCUUCAGAAACUACCACCGUCGCCAUAUCCGACGCUAAUGGAUCACCGGAAGGGAAAGUGAAAACUCCGAAAUCGGUUAAAUGGAGCGAACAAUUGGUAUCUGAGUCUACUUAUACGCCUUCAAUCGAUCCUGAUACUUCUACUGGAUCUAACCCUUACGUUUCCCAUUAUACUUCUCCUUCUCUCCCCUCUAACCCCUCUUUUAAAGAAAGGAUGGAUACUGUUAAAAAUGUUCUGGGAAGAUGGGGGAGAAAUGUCAAGGAUGCGGCUAAGAAAGCUGAGGAUUAUGCUGGAAAUACCUGGCAACAUUUGAAAACAAAUCCUAGUUUUGCUGAUGCGGCUAUGGGAAGAAUCGUACACAGCACUAAAGUCCUAGCUGAGGGAGGCUAUGAAAAGAUUUUUCGUCAAACAUUUGAGACAGUUCCUGAGGAAGUGCUCCAGGAUUCCUAUGCUUGUUACUUGUCUACUUCCGCUGGACCAGUGAUGGGAACAUUAUAUGUUUCUACAGCCAAGCUGGCCUUUUGCAGUGAUAAUCCACUUCCUUACAAAAAUGACAAUCAGACUGACUGGAGUUACUAUAAGGUAAUUAUCCCAUUGCAUCAGCUUAAAGCAGUCAACCCUUCUGCGAGCCGAGUAAAUCAAGCUGAGAAAUAUAUCCAGAUUAUAUCUGUCGACAAUCAUGAGUUUUGGUACAUGGGUUUCUUGAAUUACGAUAAUGCUGUGGCUAUCCUUCAAGGGGCAUUAGAGUCCAGGACUAUGCAAUCUGUAUGAGAUUUCUCGAUUUUAAGAAGCCCUCUCCACAUUUGAAGUUGUACUUCAAGUCAAGAGCUCUGCACUGCAUUGUUUGAAGAACAUCAGGUGACAUCUCCAGAUAAGUAACAGUUACAGUAGUAUCAAAACUUUCUCCCAGACUCUUCUUGUGCUUGUCAUUUUAGAUUUGACAAAAUAGUUUAUGUGAUUCUUUUGGGAUGGUAGAAAAUUCAAUUGACUAUACUUGUUGAGUCCAGAUGGUGUGUAAUUUUGGGUUGCGCAACUUUCCUGGCCAUACUAUUGAUUAGUAUUUGUUACUUCUGCUCAUAUGUUGCUGCCUGACAGCAUAGUAAAAGGCUUAAGAUCUUGAAUUGGCCUGCUUCAUGGAAUUCUUAUUCUUAGUCCAGCACUUGUAAGAAGCUUGCCAAUCCAAGUUCUCAAACUUUUGCUAUCCUUACAAGUUGUGAAUCUAUGAUCAAUAGAAAUUACUCCUUUGCAAAUGAUUUUAUGUUUUGUUAUGAUCCAACUAGAACUAGUACUUAUUUUUCUGCAACAUAGGGUGUACUACUUGUUGAAUUACGUACUACUGUACCAGUACACUUUGUUUGGUUGGUGUUAAA